AUGCGCGCGUUUUGUUGCGCGUCGGCCACCGCGGGUAUUAUCUCAACAAGUGUUCAGAGAAGAACUAGAGCUCAUCAUAACACAUUGAUUCUACCACCAGUAACAAAACGACAGUUUUAACAAUAUCUCCUGCAAUGAAAGACUACGAAGACAGCAAUGAAAGUGAGAUUGAAGGUCUUGGAGUGGUACCAGGGCCAAACAUCACCACAGCUGAUUUCAGUCACGGCGCUUCCAGAUUCCAUAGGUAUCCUUAUCUACACACGCGCACUGCAGACGAUGUGGUUAUUCUAUUCGUCAUCAUUGCGUCAGUUAUUGGUGUGGCAUCAGCGAUUGCUUUGAUGUUUGGAUUGUGGCAAUCGAGAAGACAACACAGGCGUCUUGCAAAGGUUGUGGAAAUGGACUCCGAUGAUUUCCUCCUUUACGCCAGAGUAGCUCAGAAAGAGGAUAGCUCUACGCCCUGCAGAACCAGUAUUCCUUGUCAGAUGCCUGGGAUUGGAGGAAAUAGCAUGACGUCAUAUAUUGCACCCGGAACAUUUUUCAGGUAUGUCAGCAUUGUACAGCUAACCCAUCCAGCAAAAGAACAAAAUCCAAAACGAAAGCCGCACAGGAGUGUUGAAAGAAAGGCGCGUACUGAUGAAAACAAGUCAAUGUACAAUCCAUCAGAUGGAAAUCUCCCAAAGUCAACCACAAGUGCACCGGCGAUACUGAGCGGUCUUUGGCAACAGCGCCACCUCUUGACGGGACGAGGGGAUACCCUCGUGGACUCUUUCACCAAUCUGAAAAAGCCCGCCUGGCAGCACAGGGUUCGCACCUCCCUAUCGGACACAGCUCAAAUGAUCAACAGGCCUGGCAGUGGCCAAUCAUUGGAGAGUAUUUGUCAGGAGUGUGGCUCAGGCUCGACGUCAUUGGCUGGCGGUGGAAAGUUCCCCAGGAAUAUUUCUUGUCGCUUGUGUCGACAGAGAGCAGGGAUUCGAGAUGUCACUAUUUCAGCCAAGACAAACUACAGCAUUGCCGGACAGCAGGGCGUCUCACCUACCCAGCCUCAAUCAGUAGAACCAUCAAUCACCACACCCUCUCACCACUCACCAGGAAGACCAAAGUUGUCUACAUUCCAAGACAGGAGAAGGAAGUCUUGCACAGCAGAGAUACGAGCUCAAUUAGAUCCAUUCAGGACCAUGGUUACUCUAUCAAGCUCCAGUGAGGAUUCGACGAGCGACAGUGACUGAAUUAUGAGACAUGAAACAGCCGUUGGUCUAAUACAUCUUGCC